CCUAGAGGUUCUCUAAUCUUAUGUUAUCCAUAUGCACCUAUGCAAGUUUGUCUGGAUAGGCCCUUAAAAGCGUUCCAUGUUCCAUGAAAAACGGUAGCUCUUCUCAGGCUUCUCUUUGGUACUAGUGUAAUUAUGAAAAAAAGAAAAAAAUAAGUAUCAGUGUAACUAUGGAGAAUGAAGAAGUAAUACAAUUGCGCAAGCUAAAAGAAAAACUUUUAAAAAAAGCGAUUCAGUUAAAAGACAAACUAAAAGAUCAAGAAGAUAAACACCAGUCAUUAAUUAAUAUCACACUACCUUCUGAUAAUGAAGAUCAUAAAUCAUCGAAACCACAAUCCAUCAAAUACAAGACCAAAUUAUGUGAGAUUGCGGGUCAAGUGAUGGGAAUAACAUUUAAAGACAUCAAUAAAAAAUGGUUACAUAACAAUACUUUUAUUUAUACAGCUAAAGUAAUAACAAAAACCUUUUCCUUCAAUCUUGAAUUAACAGUAGUUUUCGCAGACACACACACAUUGCAUUUAGAUUAUUUUAAAAUCGACAACAUAAUGUGUUAUUUUACAAACAUUGAUGAUUGUUAUAUGCUUGAAAUAUCUCCUUGGUUUGAAAAGAUUACAAACAUAAAAAAUUUUCCUCUUCUUAUAUCUGCACUUUCUGAUUACAUUGCAAAUAACAAUCUUAGAUCUAAGAUUCUGAAUAGUUUAAAAUCAAGGAAAUAUGCAACUGUACAACAAUAUACUCAGGAAAAUGGAGGCAUAUUAGUAUAUAUACACUCAUCUAUGAAAACAGAAGAAAAUUAUUUAAUAUUCCAGUGGACAAUGAAAUUUUUGGAACUAACAUGGCACAUUGAACAUUUCUUUAUAGUAAAACCCACAAAUAUUGGAAUAAAAUUUUCUGAAGAAAACCGAACUUUACUAAAACAAUUUUGCGAAAUUGGUUUGACAAAAAACAAACUUGUGGAAUUGUGGGAUAGAUUGUGCAUUGCUAUUGAUAAUUAUACUGAAGAGAUAAAUGCAUAAAAUUUAUUCCUCAAAAUUCAAUAUGCACAGAAAUACAUAGAAUAUAGAAUAAAAUAUAUAUAAAUUAAGUAUUUUA